CAUCACUGGCCUCGACUGGGUCGGAAAAUCAUCAGAGUUCAAUAGCUGUCUGCCAGCCUCCAUCACUUCAUACGAAGCUCGACCAUACAAGCUACCACCCCUACCCGAAGAUGAAAUUCAGUCAUCGGUUUCUUUGCUGCGAGAGACGGUGGCUGUGGAUUUCGCUUCAAACCUUUAUACCCUGCUUCACAACAUGAGCGCCCCUCGCUUCGCAGCACAGAGACUGCACCUGCCUUGUAUUGUAUCCAAUGUCAGGGAAAUCAGAUGGAUGCGUACUAGUCCAGCCCCGGAAACUCAUUUCACGUAUGGAGUGAAGGUAGACGGGCUUCGCGACUUGCUUAUCACCACCGAAGGGACGUUGGUUCAGUUCUGGCCGGCAAAGCCCACUGAGCGAAAAUUUGUCCUUGUCCGUCCUUGGGAUCGGUCUCUCCUCGAGCUACCUGACUUUGCAGAACCGCCUGAAUUCGUGGAGCCGUCUGACUUUGGAAAUGAUGUGGAGAGCGAGGAGGAUUAUUGCACGCCACCCUCUUCUCCGUCAGACAACUGGUCCAGUGAUUAUCCUGUAAAUCAGGAUGUGGUUGACCUAGAAUCACGAGCAUUCCGGUUGCUUGUUCGCCUUGGGCAGCCUUUCAGCGCAUUUUUGCUAGCGCAGCAGCGCAGUGGAGAAUACAAGAGGAUCGCGUCGGAUCACGAUAUCAUUGGACAAGUCAAUGACGUGCGUUCUGUUGGAGACUUGAUGGACAUCAGGACCAUAGAAAUAUUGUAGUCACAUGGUUUU